AUGGAUGCAGACAAGUUGAUUGAAUCUCUUAUCAGAGCCUUCAUGUUCCUGGCAGGAAUCUUGGGAAACAGCUGGCUGGCUCUAAUCUCUAUUCCCAAGCAGAAGACUGAAAUUCGUACCAACGAUGUCCUUUUCCUCAACCUGGCCAUGUCCAACCUGAUCACCAACUACCUGGUGGAUCUGCCUGACACCACCGCAGACUUUGCCGGACGGUGGUUCCUGGGGGAAACCUACUGCGGCAUCUUCCACUUUUGCUCUGACCUCUCGGAGACCAGCAGCCUCUUCACAACCCUCUUCAUCAGUGCUUUCUGGCACCAGAAGCUGGUUGGGUCCCUUAAACGUGGAGGUGCACCGGUGCAGCUGGACAGCCUGCGCCUGGUGGGCUAUCUGUUGGUUGGGAGCUGGAUGCUGGCCACGAUCUUCAGCAUCCCUCACUUCUUCUUCUCGUCAGUGGAAAGGAUGAAUGAAAGCCAACAAAGCUGCACAGAGCUCUUCCCUGAUGCACUUUCCAGGCAAACCUACGAGAUAGUCUUUUUAACCGUGGCCAACGCGUUCCCUCUUGCAGGAAUCAUAAUCGCGAGUGUUCAGAUCGUUGUUACUUUGCUCCGAACCAGGAGGCACGUUCGGAGUCAAGAGAGGCCUUCAGCAAGCAGCGAAACGUGCAGCGUUCAACCCCGGCUGCAUUUUUCAACGCCCGUCCAGAAGCCAUCUAAGCAGAGCCCCAAAUCUAGUCCUCAGGUGAGGGCAGCGAAGAGCGUGGUGGCUGUAGCCAGCGUGGUUCUGCUCUGCUGGCUGACUCAUCUGCUGCUGCGCAUCUCCAGCAACAUCCACGCUUCGCCACAGGUGGUGGAGGUGGCCAGCUAUAUUGCAGCGUCCUACACCUGCAUCAUCCCCUACAUGUUUUUGCACGGAGUGAAAAAACUUUCCUGCUCGUGCACAAAAUAA